AUGUACUAGUACUAGUAGUUAGUACCCAGUCACUUUUUAUACAUAGUACCAGAUUUGGCAUGUCGGAAGUUUUUAGGAGUUUUGGGUUUGCAUCAUUGUUCAAUUGAGGACACGGUUUUUCUAGCACUUGACAACAUUCAAAACCUCACUUCUUCACAUACGAUAACCGAUAAAUCCGGAAAGAGUGAAGGGUAAAUAUAUUUUAUCAAUCUUUUGAAUUGAUCGCCGACUCUUUUUUGCUCUCUUGCUCUUUCCCAUCACUUCCUCAUUACUCCUUUCUUCUUUUUCCUUACCUUAUUCUCCACCAACUCUAAAAUUAAAUCCUCGACCUUGACCUUGUCUCUAUUACUACCUAUUACUACCUGUUACUAGUAGUACUAAAUAUAAAUCCCCCAAACCCCCGACAUUCUAUCUCGACUUUUCCCCCUCUCCCUUUGCCCGCCCUCUCCGGGACUCGACCUUUUCGAUUAUCGCUCGACUGAGAAAUAACAAUCACUUCCACCUCGCUACAUUGCGCAAAACAGCUGGCCUGGGCUAUACAUAAACCUGCCAUAUAAGCACAAUGGCCCAGAUCAGAGGUACAGCCGGCUACCACCUCGGUGGUCCCAACCCUUUUGGCGGCCCUAAGAAUGAAGUGGCCGAUCCGAGUCCCCUAGACGCGAUUAGGGAACAGACGAGCAAGAUUGAGGAUAUGUUGGAUACCAUCAGCGAGCCCGUUAAACCAUAUCUACCAGCUAUUGGGCGCUUCCUCAUUGUUGUUACAUUCCUCGAAGACGCGCUCAGAAUUCUCACGCAAUGGAACGAUCAACUGGUGUACCUGAAUUCGUACAGGCAUAUUCCUAACGGUCUAACACAUCUGUUCCUUAUCCUAAACGUGGUUACCAUGAUCGCCUGUUCCACACUUGUCAUUAUCCGAAAGCAUUCCGAUUUUGCCGUUGGCGGUCUUGUAUUCGUCGUCGUUACGCAGGCUCUUGGUUACGGCCUUAUCUUUGACCUCAACUUCUUUCUCCGAAACCUGUCUGUCGUUGGUGGCCUUAUUAUGGUCCUAUCGGACUCUUGGGUUAGAAAGACGAAGGCUUUCGCCGGCCUACCCCAGCUCGACGAGAAGGACCGAAAGAUGUACUUCCAGCUCGCUGGUCGUAUCCUCCUGAUCUUUUUGUUCAUUGGAUUCGUCUUCAGCGGAGAGUGGUCUGUUUGGAGAAUCUCGGUGUCUGUGCUUGGUCUCAUUGCCUGCAUCAUGGUCGUCGUUGGAUUCAAGGCCAAGUUCAGCGCUACUCUCCUGGUGGUGAUUCUUAGCGUUUUCAAUGUUCUCGUGAACAACUUUUGGACGCUCCACGAACACCACCCCCACAAGGAUUUCGCCAAGUACGAUUUCUUCCAGAUCCUAUCUAUCGUCGGCGGUCUUCUCCUGCUCGUCAACAGCGGCCCCGGCCAGUUCAGUAUCGACGAGAAGAAGAAGGUCUACUAGACGAUCCCGGCUUAACCGGGCCGCGGAACUCUACUCCCCAAUGGCACUAAAGCAUCGCGAUCGCAUGAGCCUACCUAGGGAAGUAGGCUGUAAGCUGUAUUGCACCAUGUGCCGAUGCCGACUAGGGCAACGCAUUCUAUGGCGUAACGGGCGUAGAGCGAGAUUAUAUGAAGUAGUUUUUGUUUUUGUUUCAAGCCGGAAAGAUGAGCUGAACUGGUUGCGACCUUUUGCUAGCUAUCUACCUCCCAAGAGGUUUCCGGAUUCAAGAAAAAACAAAAGCACACAAAGGGAGGUUAAAAAAUGAAAGUUUAUUCGAUUUAAAUGAGAUGGAUGCUAGGAUUAUUGGCUCGCAUGCAUGACAUGUCAUACGUUAUUUGUAAUGUGUACGCUUGAACCACUAAUCUGAUGUUCUGAUGUUACUUGAAUAUGUUUACUUCGUGAAUACCUGCACAUGUGGGUAUCUAUCUACCUAGGUAUCUAUUUUCGAGUCUAGAAGUUGCCUGUCUGUCUGUAUAUCUUAUGCUAGG